GGCGAGCGCAAUCUUGUGGGAAAUGGUGGCCUCUUUAUACAAGGAGGUUACCUCGUGAGGAAGUAUUGGGGCUCGUGGCCAUGGGACGCCUGCACUGGCACGAGGAAAAGCCUUGAAAAUACUAGUUACGUCACUCUAUCCAGCCUUGAGCGCAGUCCCACGUGGCUUACGUAUAAUCUUCCAUCUGCUACGUUUUAUUUACUUACUUUUUUUUUACAGCUUGAACGGGAAACUUUUUCCCAUCCGAGAACUCGCGAAAGAUCGCGCGAUUACCAGUUUGCGUCGGGCUGCCUGAGGAAGGCGUGUGGAUCUUGCGUCUUUUUUUCCGGGACGUCAUGAGUUUGUCAGACUGGCCAGCAGCCACUCCGAGGACAGGCCUGGAUUCGGAUGGCAGGAGAGCGGCCAUGGCAAGCGUAAACGGGGACACGACGGCUACCGCCCGGGUGCCCUCACCGCAGCCGCCAAUGCCCUGGUUUGGCAUGGACAUUGGAGGAACAUUAGUAAAGCUGGUGUAUUUCGAGCCUGCGGUUGAGGAUGGACCAGCAACAACUGAGGCACUGGAACGCAUAAAGCACUACUUGAAGAAGAAUGCCGCCUAUGGUCAGUCAGGCAAGCGAGAUGUUCAUUUACAGAUGGAUGGUGUUGAGGUUGGUGGCAUUGAAGGCACACUGCACUUCAUUCGUUUCCCUACGAGUGAGAUGCCCCGUUUCUUGGAGCUUGCCAAAGCCAAGGGGAUCGCCAGUUUAGCCUCUACUGUGUGUGCCACAGGUGGUGGAGCUCACAAGUUUGAAAAUGACUUCCGCACUCAGGUAGGCCUUGGCCUGCACAAGUUCGAUGAGAUGGACUCUCUGAUUCGUGGUAUCCACUAUAUGGAAGCCCACAACAGUCGAGAGUGCUAUUACUACAGCAGCCCCAUGGAGCGAUGUGUCAAAAUGCCGUAUGACUUCAGCAAUCCAUACCCUUACCUUGUGGUAAACAUUGGCUCAGGGGUGAGCAUCCUAGCAGUACGAUCACCCACCGAGUAUCAUCGUGUAACUGGCACUAGUCUCGGUGGUGGCACUUUUCUUGGCCUCUGCUGUCUGCUGACUGGUUGUGAAACUUUUGAGGAGGCUAUUGAACUUGCCCAGAAAGGGGACAGCACCCAUGUUGACAAGCUUGUGCGUGAUAUCUAUGGUGGAGACUAUCCGAAGUUUGACCUACGUGCUGACACUGUGGCUAGCAGUUUUGGAAACAUGAACUGCAGGGCUCGGCGAGAAGCUGCUUCACGGGAGGACCUUGCCCGGGCAACACUGGUUACUAUCACCAACAACAUCGGCUCCAUUGCUCGCAUGUGUGCCAUCAACGAGGGCAUCUCACGUGUUGUCUUUGUGGGCAACUUCCUGCGGGUGAACCCCAUCUCAAUGCGCAUGUUGGCAUACGCCAUGCAGUUCUGGUCCAAAGGCACGCUUAAAGCUCUCUUCCUGGAGCAUGAGGGCUAUUUUGGUGCUGUUGGCUGCCUGCUGGAGCUGAUGAAGGCUUGCAGCUAGCCACACAUUCCAUGCUGCCAUGGCGCAGCACGUCCCUGUGAUAUAGGCAGCCCUUUGUCAAAAGCUGGCCUGGUUUGACAGCUGCCAGAUAGAAUCCACCGUGCUCCGGACACUAAGCUGUCACCGAGAAGCUUGAAAUGCUGGUCGAGAGAACCUGUUUCCAUGUGAUCUUCACCAGCUCGUUGCACAGCACCCAUGGGCCAGCCACCUUGUGAUGGCAUUGGUGCUAUGCAGGCCUCGGAAAUGAAAAGAUGGUUUUUAUCUGUGCUUCAGGUUAUCACUGCAUGAGCUCCUUCAGGGAACAGUGCUUUUCGAGUCUCUGAAUCGGACAAGAGUUUUUGUAUGUGUUGGGAUGUUAUCGUGCAAAUCCCAAAUAGUAUUCCAAAAGGUGUUCUCUCUCCACUUAACAUUUGGGUGUGUGUUUUAAAGACGGCUUUAGGAAUGGACGUGUUGUCAAUUUCAUACUUUUAUAGUGUCAUCCUUUCUUUUUUUUCACAAAUUUUAUGUAUCAAGACAAAUUGUUCAUUGCGGGAUUAGGCAGAACUUAUUGUGGCUAUUUUCUGUUAUGCUUACACUUUCUGCCUUUAUUCCCACAGGAGAGUGCAAACAAGUUGAUCUUAUUGAAAAAGAAAAAAAUAGAGAGAACCAUUUUCAAUGACCCCACAAGUGCCAUGCUAUUACGGCAAUUGUGAAUGUUCGAUCAAAGGAUAAGACUAUUAAGUGUAUGUUCUAAAUAAAAAAAAAAAAAAAAAACAGAA